GUGACAGCCGUAAAGAAAUGGAUGGAUACCGUUUCUGGAAAUCAGGAUACUGGGCAUCACAUCUUGGGAAAAGGAAAUACCAUAUUAGUGCCUUAUAUGUUGUGGAUCUUAAGAAAUUCAGAAAGAUUGCAGCAGGAGAUAGGCUUCGGGGCCAGUACCAGGCUCUUAGUCAAGAUCCAAACAGUCUGUCGAAUCUAGAUCAGGAUCUUCCCAAUAAUAUGAUUCAUCAAGUAGCUAUUAAGUCUCUCCCUCAGGAAUGGCUUUGGUGUGAAACCUGGUGUGAUGAUGAAUCCAAGAAAAAGGCUAAAACAAUAGACUUGUGCAACAAUCCCCAAACCAAAGAACCAAAAUUAAAGGCUGCUGCCCGGAUAGUUCCCGAAUGGGUUGACUAUGACUCUGAGAUACGAACGUUAAUACAGGAAAUCGAAAAAGAGAAGAAAAACAGAACAUCAUUCUUUCAAAAAGGUCUUAAGCACGAUGAACUUUAGCACAGCCUGUAAAAAGCGAUGGUGACAACCCAGUAGUCUUCUGCGAAAGACUGAAUGGAAGUUACGACUGUUGGCACUAUUUGUAACAGUUUUUAAUAUGAAGUCAGCUAUUUUAUAACUUGUAGUGUUAUUUAAAAAGUUUUAAAUUAAAUACAAAAACAGAAGAGAGAAAUCCACAGGUACUUGAUUUUUUUU